CCAAAGAAGAGAAGGAAGAAGACAAACUGGUCCCCAGAACACAGCAGUGGGUGGCGGUAAUGCACGUAUAGUUGUUUACAAACCGCUGUUAAAAACGAACAGAAGGAGAAAAGCGAGGAAGACGGACACAAGACGAGUCUUUAGUGUAAACAUGACCGUGGCUAAAAGCUAACGAUGACAUGACUACAGCUUGAGCUACAGAGAACUGUACCUGUCCGUCCCAUUUAAUAAUGAACUUUCAUUAAAGAUGGGAGGCAGUGGAUCCAAAGCUAAAGGAGUCUGGCCCUUCACUGGCUCAGGGGCCAAUGGAGACUCUCCUGAGGUCAAUGAUCAGUCUUUAUCCCGGAUGUGUAGCUACAAAAAUGCAACCCCGUUUAUCUUUACAAGGAGGAGCUCUCUGUAUUACGAUGAGGAUGGAGAUCUGGCUCAUGAGUUCUACGAAGAGACAGUGGUGACUAAAAAUGGGCGAAAGAAAGCUAAGUUGAAGAGGAUCCACAAGAAUCUCAUACCUCAGGGGAUUGUGAAACUGGAUCAUCCACGAAUCCAUGUCGACUUCCCGGUCAUUAUUUGUGAAAUAUAAAAACACAGACGUGAGACUAGGAGAUGUUUCACCAAUCAAACCUCUCUAUUACAAUCCUAUCUUUGCUGAUGGGCUUUAGUGGCGCUCAGUAUCAUAAAUGUUUCUCUUGGAGUGUGAGCGAGACUGCCCUCAUGUGGCUGGAGGGACUUGCAGCAGCUUUUCUGUCUACAGAGGAAACCUCUCGAUGUAAAAUUUGAACAGCAGGCUGAAUUGGAGGACUGUUUGUUCCCUUUGUGUACUGCUAGUCAGUAAAUCUAUUCCUGUAAAUGAAGGAGUGAAUACAGAAUACUGAAAUGAAGGGGUUUCGGGGUUUAUAUUUUUGCUGAUUGAGCAUGGCAUGUCUUUUUUGUUGUUGUUGUUGUUGUUGUUGUGUAUAUAAAUGUUCUGAUUUCUGUCUGCUUCCGUUCAUUGUAUUUAAGCCCAAACCUUCACUGAUAAUUAUUUGAUGUACAGUAAUUUAUGAAAAUUAAGACACUUUAAUAAAAAUAAACUGGUAUCAAUUG